AUGGUUGUUUUGUCUUUGCCGAUGGUCUCAGAUUUCGAGGGUGAAAUCAGUCAUGUUGUCGCGGCUGGAAAUGAAGCGAUGAUUUACGUUAAGCCAUUUGGUUGGUGGGGAGAGUGGGAAGAAAUUAAUGCUGUGCUUCAGAGUUUAGCACAUUCUUUGGAGAAAAUCACAUCUCUCUCGGCUAUCAAAUCCGGUGAAGUUUACGUCGUAAAAGUGAAGGACUCGUUUGAAAGGUCAUACAUCAUUCGCCGACCAUUGCCUGAUGUAUUUUCGAUUUAUCUUAUUGAUAAAGGCAAACAGUGUGAAGUAGAGUUUGGUGAUAUUUACGAAUUUCCACCAGUGUUGUUGGGAUUCGGGAUGUUCAGUUGUAUUUGCCCUGUUCUUAUGUCAUCUGUGGAGCAAAUAAAUAUUUACAAAAGUUUUGUUGGGUAUAAAUGCAAAUGCGCCGUGGAUGCUGUGUCGAAAUCCGUAGAGGUAAUUGGAUUUGUUCGUGGUCGAUUAUUGAUAGAGAUUGAAGGACGCUAUAAGGAUCUGCGCGACAUUGUUUUUGGAAAAGUAGCAAAUCGUCCUGGCUGUAGUGACAAAUCUCUGGAAACAAAUACCAAUCCACGACUAUUGUUUCCAAACAUAAAAGCUGUUCGCACGGGCGUAGAAUUCGCCAUGGAAUUUGAUAACACUAAAACAGCGUUCAAACAUUAUGUACCUGAAAUGCUACCAGUGACAGUACCUGUUCGAUUUGACAGAAGUGACCGCAUGAUGAACAGUUUCUGGGUUGUCAGUAAGAAAAUUUUCUCAGCUGCUGAAAGGGUGCUAAAGGAAGCAUGGAAUAAAAUAUCACGUUACCCACCUAUAAGUCUCAGAGUUCAGGAUAUCCACGUACGACAGAUACCUUGUAUUGCACGUGCUAGGGCUGACACUGCUAAUAAAGCACUUUAUCGUGCUAUUCCAACGCAGUACGAUCCUCGCACGAAAAAAGUCUCAAUGUUUUUGGUGGAUUACGGCUGGUUCAAGUGGGUGUUGACUAAUGAUGUCGUUGACAUUUCCACUAUGGAUAAGUCUGACCCAAUCAGAAAUUUGCCAGUAGCAAUGAUACAUUGUCGCGAAGACACAACAAGCCCUGUUCACGCCAAGGACCUCUUUAAGGGAGCAGAUUGUGAAAUAAUCAUCAAGGGAAAUGCCAUGAAUACAGAUAUGUAUACGGUUGAUUUAGUCGGACCAUUUUUUACGUCGAACCGAACCGGUGGCACAUCCAGUGAGCAACGACCAAUAAAUGCAAGAGGAACAGUGCCUGACAAUGAACGGGAGACUGAAAUGGUUUCGUCGUGCAGAAAAUUGGUCACUGAAAACUGUCAACGACAAUUGAUGACACCGAUGAUGAUGGAAGCACUAAAUAUUGUUCGUCGUGGGUUGGCACAGCAGCCUCAAAAUUUCUGGUCAAAUUUGUACUCUAAUCCUUUCUCAAUGGCUAUGCCCAUGAUGAUGCCAGUGAUAUUCCCGGUAAUGUUGCCUAUGUCAGUCCCGAAUAAUAACCUUCAGAGUGCCGGAGACAACUUUGCUGUGAGACCUCAGAAAACAAUGACGAAUAAUUUCGAGGGCGUUAACUUCUCGAAUAACAAUGCAAGAGCUCGAUCAGGCGUACAUGCAACAAACAAUAAACGUUCUCCGAAGACAGAUUAUGUGCAGAAAAAUAGAGCUAGAUUCCAAAGCAACAAUUCGCAACCAGAAAAUGAAUUGUUCCGCAACGAUUUUAGUGCUAGAAAUGGAUUCGAUGUUGGUACUAGUGAUAAGGUUAAACAGUUGCCACGAAAUUCCUGUGAAAAGGCGAAUGAUGAUGAUCUCUCAUGGGAUCUUCCGCCAAAAUAUGCAAAGCGCCGUACGUUUCCGAGAAAUUCUGACGGUAAUGCGCAGAAAAAUCAACUUACAGCCUGGGAAAAGGACGCCGCAGCUGAUCGAGAUGUUCAUAACGAGCAGGGCAACAAUCCAUCUGGUAGUGGUGUUUAG